UCCCAGUUUCUUGCUCAUAUGAUCAACCAAGAAAAAAUAAAAACAAAAACAAAAAUAGAAAAAUAAUACUGUACUCUUCAUUAUACUUUGAUGCAAGCUUUCUCCAGGCAAGUGAUGUGAGAAAACCACAAGAAAGGGUUUGACCAGAGAGAGAUUGAUUUGUUUCUUGGAGUGUUGAGAUUAGCAAAGUGGUUCUUAAGAAAAGGAGAGUAUUAGUACAAGUGAGGUGAGAAUUGAAGAGAAAUGGAAGGAGAGUUGAAGGAGGAAAGCUUGCCACCAGGUUUCAGGUUUCAUCCCACAGAUGAAGAGCUUAUAACUUUUUAUCUUGUGAAUAAGAUCUCAGAUGCUGGGUUCACUGCUAGGGCUAUUGGGGAUGUUGAUCUAAACAAGUGUGAGCCAUGGGAUCUUCCAGGGAAAGCUAAGAUGGGAGAAAAGGAAUGGUAUUUCUUCAGCCUCCGGGACCGGAAAUACCCAACCGGAGUGAGAACUAACCGGGCAACGAACACCGGAUAUUGGAAAACAACCGGCAAAGACAAAGAGAUCUUCAACAGCUCAACCUCGGAGUUGGUUGGCAUGAAAAAAACGUUGGUGUUUUACCGAGGAAGAGCUCCUAGAGGAGAGAAAACCAACUGGGUCAUGCAUGAAUAUCGGAUCCACUCUAAAUCCUCUUAUAGAACAAACAAGCAAGAUGAAUGGGUGGUCUGCCGUGUUUUCCAGAAGAGCGCCGGAGCCAAGAAGUAUCCCUCCAACCACUCAAGGGCGGUGAAUCCCUACACGCUCGAGAUCGGGCCGAGCAUGAUGUCAUCGCAGAUGAUCCCGCCCGACCACGGCUUCCACUUCGCCAUGGCCGCGCCGCCGGGAAGAAACCCCGCCGCCGCCGCCUACAUAACCCCGGCGGAAAUGCAAGAAUUCAACAGGGUUUUCCGCGGCGGCGCCGGCGCAACCUCCGCCGCCAUCAACUUCCCCAUCCACCAACCCCACCAGAUGAACUACCCAAUGGGGCCCCCCGGAGCCGCCGGCGCCGGAACAGGCUGCUUCACUAUCUCCGGCUUGAACCUAAACCUCGGCGGCUCUGGCGGCUCGGCUUCGUCUCAAGCCGUUCUCCGACCAAUGCCGCCGCCGCCUACGCCGCCGACCGCGAUGGCUCAGGCGGAUGUGCUGACCAGCUGUGAAGCCGCCGGGUACGUGGCGGGUGACAUGGGCAAUCCGGCUAAUAGGUAUAUGGGGAUGGAUCAGUGUGCUGAUUUGGAUAACUAUUGGCCCACAUAUUGAUCAUAUGAUCAUCAAACAUAAGACAAAUCAAAAACUCUGCAAGUGUAUUCAAAUAUAAUUAAUGUAGGACAGUAAGAACAUAUAGUAUUAGGCGCGCUACUACUGCUACUACUGGAUAGUGUUUUCAGUUCGUUGUACGUGCAGUGUUAAACAAUCAAGUUGUUAGGAUUAUGGGCUUUAAUUUGUGGGAGAUGACUUAAUAAGUAUACAAAGAGUAGCAUAAAUUUGCUUGUUUAUUGCCAUCA